UCGGUUAUCUUCUCGUUGAUCUAUCCACAAUCGAAUACAAUCACCAAAUAGGAGUAGGGUAUCAUCUUGUAUAUCGAGAGCAUAAACCUAGAUGACUUGGAAGUUAAUAUUGGUAACAGGGUCAUGACUAGGCCCAGGGAGAAGCUAAGGUUCAGAUGAUCGAGAAUGCCGGGUGACGAUAUUCAAUACAAAAUAACACAUGGUGGAAAAACACCGUAUGAAAAUAAAUAUAUAACGGGCUUCACCAAUUGUGUGUGCAAGCACCAAAACAAAAUCCACCACCAUGGCACCAACCAAAUCACGCCCCCGCCUCUUUCCCCAUCUAAUUUUUCCCUUCCUCUCCCCAUCAUGCAUGCUCCGGCGACUCGCAAUUGCGUGGCAGCGGGGGAUCCACAUCCCACCGGUGUGCCUUCUUCCGUGGGCAGGGUGAAGCGGUGGAGGUACAACCUGGGGAGCACCGACGACUACGAGAGGCUGGACGUGGUCGGCCAGGGCGCCUUCGGGGUGGUGGUCAGGGUGCAGGUCCUGCAGGAUCACGGCAAGAACAUCGCGCUCAAGCGCCUCCUCGGGACGGAUGACGGCGCCCACUUCACCCCCGACUUCGACGCACUCAGGGUCAAGGCCGCCUGCCAGCACGCCUGCCGCAGCCACCCCUCCAUCGUCGAGAUCAAGAACAUCGUCGCUGACGGUAAGACAGCUCGUUACCACCGCCAAGAAGGUGCACGACUCACAGGUCAUCCACCGCGACAUCAAAUCGGAGAACAUCCUCAUCAGCGUCGUGGGCCAUAUGAUCUCCAUUCUAAAGCCAAUUCCAAUGAAGGUUUCAUUUUUAUUAAAUGAGGUACCACAUAAGCAAAUUUAAUAACAUGCCACUGCAGUCACCAAUGGAGAUAUAGAAUGAGUUUCAUCUAGAAAUUAGCUUUAUAAUCUUUCCAAAACUUGGAAACUGCUCCAUACUAGCAUUGGAGAAAAAACAUUUCAUUUCAUCGGCAAAUCAUCCAAUCCCUGUCAUGUGGGGCCACCAUUAUAGGCGCCGAUCAGGGGCCCAAGAUAGGGCGUGAGUUUAGGCAUGUACUCGGCAUGCAUGAAAAGCUUCAUUCAGGGAGUUGGUUUCCUUAGUUAGUUAGUCUAUUUCCUUAGUUAUUUGGGUUGCGUGCCUAUAUAUAAGAUGUAAUCGGUACUCUUGAGGAUUAAGCAAGAAAUAAUACUUUUACCCCCUCCCC